AUGAGGAUACAGCCCAGCCCAACAUUGGUAAACCCUAUCCCGCACUCCCAUCGCCGCCGCCCCCACUACCUCCCCGUGGCGCGCCGCCCCCACUCAAGCCGGAAGUCCCCGCCCCUAUCCCGACGCCCUACUCCCCUCUACCGAACGGUGCGAGGCGAGGCGCUCUCGGUGGCGGCGCAUCGCGCGGGAGGUGAGGCACUCUCGGCGGCGGCGCAUCGCUUUUGUUUCGCGCGACUGUGCCCUGUUCCAAAAAACAACAGAAAGCCUUUUGUUCCGCACGACUGUGCGCUGUUCCGAGAAACAACAGAAAGCCUCUGUGAUUUUCAGGUGCUAUCAACUUGGAAGAUGGCAGAUGAGGAACAAGCCCUAAGCUCUAGGAAGAGGGUUGCAGGUACCCAAAUCAACAAGGAUAAUCCUGAGCCUGAUGAUGACGGACCAGAGCAAGAGAUGGGUACAUUUAAGAAAGCUACUGAGGAAGUUAUGGCAACCCGGAGAAUUGUAAAGGUUCGGCGCCAGCAGACUUCAUCAGCUCCUUCUUCUAAUCCUUUCUCUGCAAUCAGAUUUGCCCCCACUGAUUCUGAUGCUCAAACAAGUGCCCCUGUCCCAGAGGCCCAACCUUCAGAUGUCAAAGCUGAUGAGGGAAGUAAUGGUAAUGGGAAAGAUACUUUGUCUGUGCCAGACAAGAAUGCAGGCUCUGGUGUAAAUACUGACUCCGGUGCCACAACUGAAGCACCACCGCAACCUGUUGAAACCAGUGACAAGGCAGAAGACACAAAGGAUGAAUCUGGUGGAGACAAAGUGGUAGUUGCAGAACCCAACGAAGGUAGCUGCAUGCCAUCUGAAGUUGAGGGCAAACCAAAAGAGGACGAUGCUGAAGAAACAGAAGGGGCAGAUGAAGCUGGGAAUAAUGAUAAAAUUAGCAAGGAUGAUACGGCGAAGAAAGAUGGAGGUGAAUCAGAGACCAAGGAUGGCCUGUCUGAUGAGCAAAGAGAUGCUGAUAAAAUUGGCAAGGAUGAUACUGAGAAGAAAGAUGGAGGUGAAUCAGAGCAGAAAGAUGCUGAUAACAAAGGGCAGGCAUCAUCAGCGACACCCCUUUUCUCGUUUAAGAAUCUGACAAGUGGUCAAAAUGCUUUCACAGGUCUGACCGGAACUGGAUUUUCAAGCACAUCAUUCUCGUUUGGCUCAGCCUCUAAAGAUGGCUCAAGUGCUGGUCCCCUAUUUGGGCUGAAAGCUGAUGGUUCUUCGUUCCCUUCUUUUAAUCUUGGUGCUGCUAACAACGGGAGUUCCGCCACAGCGCUUGCUACUUCAGCAGAGGCACCCAAGAAAUUUGCUAUGACCGAGGGCCCUGUUGAAACUGGUGAAGAAAAUGAGAAGGCUGUAUUUACUGCUGAUUCUGCUUUGUAUGAGUACCUAGAUGGGGGCUGGAAAGAAAGAGGAAAAGGUGAACUGAAGCUGAACGUCCCUGUAUCUGGCGGUGAGAGAGCCCGGCUCGUCAUGAGGACAAAAGGCAACUACCGGCUGGUCCUGAAUGCAAGCCUCUACAACGACAUGUCACUCAAGGACAUGGACAAGAAGGGCGUGACAUUUGCCUGCAUGAACAGCAUUGGGGAGUCACCGAGCAGCCUUGCCACAUUUGCUCUGAAGUUCAAGGACACAGGCACCAGGGAGGAAUUCAAGGAUGCGGUGGAGUCUCACAAGACAAGCAAGGAACCGGACGCGCCGCUGAAGACGCCCGAGAACUCUCCGAAGGCAGCAGAAGUCUGA